GAAGCAUCGUUUGCUGGCUGUCUGUCCCUCUUUGAUUCGAGAAAAACCCACACACACACACACGCGUGAGAGGGUUUCCAAACACACAGACCAGAUUCUAUAUGCUCCUUUCUUUCAUUCACCUUCUUUUUCUAUUUCUAGAGAGAGAAACCAAGCCUUAGAGAGAGACACACCGUCGUCAACGCUGUUGAAUUCAGAACUUUCGCUGUGCUUUCUCCGCAAUGUCUGUUUAAAUCCUGCAAUUCUUCCGGUCUGAUUUCGUUAUUUCCAUAAGAGAUGCAAGAAACCAAAGUUGCACAUGAUGAUGAAGAAGAAAACAUUAAGGUCGAUACGGUUCAACAAGCAGAUAAAGAAGACGCGAUGGACCCUGCAACCACGAAUCCCGGUGAUCCACCUGGCGUUGAUAAUGUUGUGGAGCCCGCUGUAAAAACUGAGUCGAUAGAAAGUGACGGUGGGGGUGAUGAUGCAAAGAAGCACGUUGGUUGUCAAAGUGAGGAUGGUUCAGGAACUGGUUCACAAACUGGUUCACAGAUCUCUGAACCGUCAAUAAAAGGUCAAGAAACUGAACCUAUUGAGGGUUCGGAUCGUAAAUGUGAUAUUGCAACAUCUCAAGUUUCCGAGGUGGCUCAAGAGUCUGAAAGAGGGUUCUCCGGGUUUGAUUUGAAUGAGGAGUUUUGUUCUGAAGAAAAACCUGAGUCCUCAUUGUCUGGGACCCACAGUAACUCGAAACAACGGUCAGUUUGUCUUGAUAUCGAUCUGAAUGUUGCUGAUGACAAUGACGAUAAAGACGUGAUCGUAUCUGGACUUCCGUCUGGGGAAGAAUCUAGUGUAGAUGCAAGCCCGUGGAAAUCAACGAGGUUGCAUUUGGAUCUUAAUAUGAGCCAAAAUAUGUCUCAGUCAUGUUCGUCAUCAUCAUCGACAUCAUCAAAACAGUCUUCAAUGAAGAACUUUGAUUUGAAUUCCAAUAUGAAUAAUGCUGCUUCGUUGGAUCAUCAAAAACCCGUUAUUUCACUGUUCGGUACCCAAGUUGAGGUGAACCACAAGGAUAACGGCCCACACCCUAAUGGAAGUGGUUUUGCACCCAGUCCAUCAAUGUAUUAUUACUCUUCUCCAUACAGACCACUGGGUGCACCCACACGGUAUAUGAUAGAUCCAAGAGGGGUCCCUAUUGCACCUCAAUUUGCAGCACCUUUUGUUAUGAACAUGGCUGGUGGUCCGUAUCUUGGUCCAACUGGGGCCGGGCUGUUGCAACAGAACAUGGGUUUGAACUUGGGGCUUAUGAUGAACGGAGGAAACAGUGGUGGCUCGUCGGGUUCGGUUGUUGGAGGGAAACGACAGGAACCGGAUGGCGGAUGGGAGGGUUUUCCGGUUAACUACAAACACCACCAACCAUGGAAAUAAGUGGUUUGGUUCUAUGGGCAUGUAAGAGAAGAGUUUUGGGUUAAGUUUCAGGAUUUACGUGAAAUAAAAGACUAAUUUGUUUGUGUAGUAUGGGGGAGAGUUUGUUAAUUGCGAAAGAAAUUAGGUUUUGAGGUGAUUUAGAGUGAUAUUAAUGUUUACUUUGGAUUAUUAUUAUUAUCAUAGAUAGUUUUGUCUAAUAAUCAAAUUGUCUUCUGUUCCAAACUUA